ACAAUGUCUCAGUAGCAUUUUACUGUGCAAAUCAGUAUGCAGAAUUUUCUUAUGUAAGGAAGUUAGACAAAGAAAAAAACGUUUUUCAAUUCCAACAAACAGAUUGUUUUCCAUAUUUACUGUAAAUGCAACACAUUGUGCAAAUAUUUUUAAAUUUUUGAUUUGAAAAUUAGUAAACAAUUUUGAUUUUUAUUUCAUUUCAAGAGAAUUUUUUGCAUAUUGACUAAAAAAAAAAGUGUAACAUGUUGCACAAGUGAAACCCGAAGCGUGUCAGUGAGAGAGAAAAAAGAAACAAUUUCUAUAUCAGAAAAAAAAAUUCAAGUGUAAACCAAAAGAAAUUACUUUGAGACAGAAAAAGUAAUUGUUGAAUUGUCUAUUGGCCAAAGUGAUAGAAUAUUGCAAGUAAAAGUGGAUAACAGGCAACUUUUCGGUACGGAUAAACACGUAAAUCAACUCUAUUUGAGUUCUGGAAGGAUUUACAAGAUGGGUGAACAUGGCCCAAAUGACGCAUCCACCGUUGAAACUGUACUUCCAGCAGUGCUUGGUUUUGCUGUAGCCGGUUUUAUCAUAGCGACCGCAUUUUAUGUGUGUCGUUUGAGACAGCGUAGCCACAAAAAGAGUCAUGAGCCGGCGAUUUAUCAUCCGAAGAAACGAACAACGGCUGUACGUUCACCAAGCGGUCAACCCGGUGGUCCGCCACACUAUUUGAAAAAGUCACCGUCACCAACAUCAGUGAAUAAACCAUUGCCGGGCAGUUUAUCGCCAACAACUGAAACCAGUGGUGGCCAAAUCAACCAUGGAUCAUCGUCAAAUCUCAAAGCACAAGCCAUUAUUGCACACCCAAAAUACACCGAAGAGAGUGAAAUCCAAACGAAAAUCAUUGGCCAAAUGGAAAAUUCAACCAGUUCAAUCGGUUCAGACGGCAAUGACACACAAGAAUAUGGCAAAUUGGGUUCGUUAGUCUUUAAACUGAGAUAUCUGACCGAUCGUAGUGCUUUGGUGGUGUCGGUGAUUCGAUGCCGUGGAUUGCCAUACAAAAACAUCUCCGAUGACCUACCAAAUGGAAUCAAUGGAAAAACACAAACGGCCACCGAUCCAUACGUCAAGCUACAGCUAUUGCCGGACAAACAACACAAAGUGAAGACACGUGUCGUUCGCAAUACACGAAACCCAGUGUACGAUGAAGAUUUUACAUUCUAUGGACUGUCAAUGGUUGAGAUCAGUGCGAUGUCAUUACAUUUUGUGGUGUUGAGCUUCGAUCGCUACUCACGUGACGAUGUCAUUGGCGAAGUGAUUUUACCAUUGAACGAGAUCGACUUAAAUCAAAUUGAAACACAGCAAGUGGCAAUGUGCAAGGAAAUUCAACCAAGAAGCUUAAAGAUUCGAGCACAAGGCCGUGGUGAGCUAUUGGUAUCAUUAUGCUGGCAACCAGGUGCGGCUCGUUUAACGGUCGUUUUACUCAAGGCCCGAAAUCUACCCCGAAUGGAUGUGACUGGCUUAGCUGAUCCAUAUGUGAAAAUUUAUUUGCUGUGCAACGGACAAAGAAUUGCCAAAAAGAAGACACACGUUAAGAAACGUACACUCAGCCCGGUCUUUAAUGAGAGUUUUGCUUUUGAUAUACCAACGAAUGAGGGCACUGGAUCAAGCUUAGAAAAUAUCUCACUGGAACUGAUGCUACUCGACUGGGACCGAGUCACCAAAAAUGAGGUAAAUGCAAUUUUUAUUAUCAUUUUCAAGCCGAAUUUUUUUUCUUACAAGGGGAAUUAUGUUCAAAUCAUUGCGAUUAAUAUGUUGUUUCAACAAAUCGUCGUCAGACCAGUCUAUGACAGAUGGAUAGCUAAGGAUAUCUUCUAAGUGAAACUCAUAAAUCUGGGAUAGAGAGGUUUUACGUUUGCGACUUGCUAUCAAUGGAAAUUUAUUUUUAAAAAAAUUCAUUCGAGACGAAAAAUGUAAUGAAACAUAUUGAUAAAUGUGUCUCAAAGUUCAAUCAAGAUCGCUUAAUAAACGAAGAAAAACGACACGCAGCACUCUAGGCGAGGGACACUCAAAACAGUCAUCGUACAUAUAUUGAGCGGGCACUAUCGAUGCGUUCAUUUGUGUGAGUGCGAUUGUAUAAACGACAAUGUUCGUGUUAAAUAUGUGUACGAUGACAGAUUCGAGCAUUCCACGCGUAGAGGCGUCUUGGCGUCUUACGUCAAAUCUUUCCCAUGUAUUUGUAUACGAAGAAAGCGACCUGGUUAAAUUUUUAUCAUUAAUUUUCGUGGAUAGCAAGUCACAAAAUCAAAACAUCCCAAUCUCAGUUUGCUGAGUUUCUGUGCUCAGCAUAUAUGCUCCAACCAUCUGUCAUUGACUGCUUUAAGGUGCUAUUUCCCAGGCGGCCGAUCAUGUUCAAUUCCAAUCGGCACCGAUUUUUUCCAACACAAAAUUGCCAAUCAGAAUCGGACGCCUAGGAAACAGCACCUCUGGACGAUGAUUUUUCUAAGGAAAAAAAACAAAUUUUGAUGUUUUAAAGGGAAAUUUUGGAGGCGAUAUUAAUUUAUUUUAAUUUUUUUAAAUAUUAUUGCAAAAUUAUUCAAAAAUUCUAGCCAAUUUUCAAGGAAUUAAAGAAAAUCCAAUCGAAAACGAUUUGCAAACCAUAGUUUUAAAUCCAUUGUUGGUUUAGAAUCAACAGCUUUAGUCAUAUUCUCUGCUCUAUAUCAAAUGUGAACUUAAUUCGCUAAAAAAAGUCAUAUUUUGUAAAAUUCCAGGUAAUCGGACGGCUUGAAUUGGGCGGACCACGAUGUGCUGGCGCGGCUCAGAAUCAUUGGAACGAAGUGUGCAAUUCGCCGCGUAGACAGAUUGCCGAAUGGCAUAAAAUGCAUGAAUGAAUGGCACAAAAUCGCUGAUUAAAUAUGCAUUUUAUUUAAUCUUCAUAUAACACACAAUAUAUUAAUCUAAACAAUUACAACAACGUUUCCCUCAAUACAACGUGUGCGCAGAGGCUAGAAGGAAGGAAAAUUCGUGCACAUCUCAAUUUCGUCACUCAGAAGUGAUGAAAAAUAUAUAUAUAUUUCAGUUGUGUUGCAUUUUUGUUUAUCAAACAUAUAUAUAUUCGUUCAUUCUGACCACUAUACCGAGAAAAAAGCCAGAGUCAACCAAGACUCUCGGUCCGAGAGAAAAGAAAUUGUCAUUCCAAGAAUACGCAAGAAAAAAAUUGCAUUUUAUGUCAUACCAAAGCAUGUAGAUAAUUCAAGCGACACCCUUGCUCCAAAUUUAGCUCCAGACAAACGAACAAAACGACGGACCGACCAUCGGUUUGAGUAUACGGAUUGCAUAGAUGUUUUUUUUAAAUAAAUGGAGAACGAAAUAAAUGGGUUUGAGAGAGAGUACGUUUGUUUCGGCUAAUAAAUUUGAAUUUUUUUUUAUUAUUAUUAUUCAUACAUGCUGCAAUCUCAUUCGUAAUAAAAAAAAACAAAUCCAUGAUAAUAAUAAUGAUUCUAACAGAGCACAAUUAAAAGAACCUGUAUCAUGUAUAAUGUAUAUAUCACCCAAAAAAAAAAAAUCAGUUGCCUAAGAUAAGUACCAAAUUUCUAAUUUAGCCAAAACGAAAAUUGCGCAAAUUGACGAUUGACAAGUGUAAUGGUCUUGCUAGGUAUUUUAUACAACUUCUGGUCCAUUCCGAGCACCAUUUGGUCCAACUUGUUUUAGGCACUGCAACUAUUUAAUUAUUCAAACACUAUGGUAUUAUAUUAUAUUCACAAACAAACAAACAAAAACUCAUUCAAUUGUCAAACAUACUUAAAACAACGCUUUCGAGAAUUCCCUUAUAAUCAUUAACAUGCAGUACAACAGACGGAUCUAGUAAUUACUGAUUCAAAAACUAUAUCAACAAGAGAGAGAGAGAGAGGGAGAAAAUCUUUUUUCUUUUCGAUCAAUUUUCAUCCAAAACAUGAUGCGUACUUUCGCUCUAUUUCAAAACCAACAUGUAUGUUUAAAUAAUGUGCUAUAAUAUUUUCCAUAUUUACCAACAUUUUAAAAUAUAAUAUGGAAAUUAAUCAUUUUCUUACCCUCACCAAAAAAAAAACCUUUUUAAGCUUCGGUUCAUUGCAGUUUUUUUAAAUUAAUUUUUUUUUUCCAAUUUACCAAGUUUGUUAUGCUUAAAUUAUGAUGAAAGAGAAAAAAACAGUUGAAUUUUUAAUUAUUUUCUUAAAAAAAUAUGUUACAGACAUUUAGAGAAAUUUAGUUACUAUUGCUAAUGCUGAUUAAACUUUUUUUUUUGAUUCAGAGAGAAAAA